AACGCAGUCGAGAUCAGCACCAAGAAGAUCUCCUACGACAAAACCACUCCCCCGACGGUGGGCUGCGAAUCCAUCGUCAUCGCACAACAACAACUUCUCAUCUCAGAAUACACCAAAAUCCUCAAAGACAUCCGCUACGUAAACAUCUGGGGCUACCUCGAAACUGAAAACAAAGGCGAUGCAGCGAUCUGGGUCGCGCAACAAAUUUUGCUCAACAUGCUCGGUAUUACGACGAUGGAGGUUUGCCGGUAUGUUGAUCGAGAUUGCGAUAUUGAGAAGUUUGCGGGUGCGCUCAAGGAGCACGAGCAUUCCGCCAUCGUCAUCGCAGGUGGUGGAAAUACGAAUGAUUUCUACUGGGAUGACGUUCCCUCCCGAUUCAAAAUGAUGGCCAAGUUCCCCGACGUCCCGGUUCGCUCGUUCCCGCAAUCAAUCUACUUCACCAAACCCGACAAACUAAACCAAACCCUCACCAAUUACGGUGCCCACCCCGAUCUCCAGCUCUGUGCCCGCGAUCGCCCAUCCUUCGAUUUCCUGGAAGAACACUUCAAACCACAGGGCAUCGACACCCGUCUCACCCCCGACAUCGCAUUCAUGUUCGGCGACCGACACGACAUCCGUCUCAACACCCCCAAGAAAUGGGAUAUCCUCAUCCUUGCCCGGGACGACUGGGAAGUAACCAAAGGUGCCGAAUCCGAGCUCAAGGAGGGUGAAGGCACGCUCACCCUACCCACGGGCCGAACCGUAACCUACAAGAAAAUCGACUGGAAAAAGAUUCCGACGGGGGGGAUAAACGAUGAGGGACACAAAGAACUCGGCAAAAACCAACGCGCUUACGCGAAAGCUAUGGAUGGGUUCGCGCUUCUCGCCUCGAGUAGGUUCGUCAUUACGGAUCGUUUGCAUGGGCAUAUCAUGACUACGGUAUUGGGUGUGCCGCAUGUUCUCUUGGACUCGAAGUUGAAGAAGAACUUGAAUUACCAUGGGACGUGGACGGAGGAGUGUGGGUGUGUUAGGGUUGUGGAUGAUAUGGGUGAGGCGAUGGGUAUG